UACUUAAAAGGCAGCCAGGCACGGUUAGUUGUAUACAGUAUGGUGUAGAAGUGGCCUGGCCUGACAUAACCUCGGCCUGACCCAUGGCUGGCAGUGCUGGCGAUUCCUAUUAGAUAAUGUGGUGUUAAGGACCGGAUAUACAGUAGCUAUAGAGACCAUUGAGUGGAGAGAAGGUAGUGGAUGGGUCAGAGACGUCCACGCACUCUGAGGAACUAUGGUGGACCUGCUACUGUCGCAGACAUUGUGCACUAUGGAAGAACAUAAUUUAAAUGUUACUAGGGGAAGUGGCAGGGGUAAAGACUAUAUUUGGGGAAGUGGAAAAGUAGGCAUUAAAUGUGAAGUGUGUAAACAUUGCUACCACCAGUGUUGUCGUAACAGUUCAGACGCAUGCAGAGGAACCUCGGCUACAGUAGCAGAUAAUAACACAUACACAGAGGAAGUGCCUGUCCACACGUGGACUCUGUCCCAAGUAUUAGAGUGGAUGGCAGCCCUGAACCUGUAUAGAUAUGUGGAACUCUUCAAACGGAACAAUAUCAAAGGAAAGGAUUUAAUGACACUGGAUGAAAGUAAACUAGAGGUUAUGGGAAUUCUAGAUGAUUUUCACAGAAAAGCCAUCCUUGUGUGUAUUGAUGAUCUUUGCGGCAGGGAGUCAGAGCAGCAACCACAUGGGUCUGCCUUACCUCCCUCUAAUGAACCACUGGAUGUGGCAGUGAACUGUGUAGACACUGACCAUAAAGUGGUGGAAUACAGCUUCUCGUCUCUCCAACGCUGUCAUAUCUGUAACAAGUUCCUUCACGGUCUCAUGCAUCAGGGACUGCAGUGUCGAGAGUGUGGCCUCUGCUGUCACAGGACAUGUGCCAAGACAGGCCUGAUCUGCUGCAGUCCAGAAAUCAUGGAGAAGAGGAGGAGGAUUAGCUUUGUAGCAAAUUUUGUCUUUGGUGCUGAUCUCACAGACCAGUUUAAUCCGUCAGAUCAACAAGCCCCAGAUGUCAUUGUCCACUGUACACAAGAGAUAGAGAGAAGAGGGAAAGAUACUGGAGAGGAUUUGUUUGAUGUCUACAGGAUCUCUUCCUCGACACAAGCCAUUCAAGAACUCAAGGCGGUGCUCAACUCAGAAGAUAUAUCAGGUCUAAACACGGCUCAUUUUGACUUGAACUGUAUAGCUGGUGCCUUGAAGAAAUACCUCCGUGAAUUGCCCAACUCUGUCAUUCCAGUCGAGUACUACAGUCAGUUCAUUGAGGCAGCAAAAAACAAAGAUGACGAGCAGUGUAAGGAGCGCCUGGUGCAGCUGGCGUCAGACCUCCCACCUCACCACAGUAGCACUCUGCGCUAUCUGAUGGCGCACUUUGUCCACCUGUGCCAGCACCAGUACGCUCUGGGAAAGAGGGAGCCACCAGUCAAACUGUCCCAUGUGUUCUGUCAUAUCCUGAUGAGGCCACCGUGGGAGAAAAUCAUUGACAUUGUGUACAAUACUGAAUACCACAUCCGAGUAUUUGACUGUCUGCUAAGAGGAGGAAACUGGGGAGAAACCAUGCCAGAUUAUACAGAAACUACAGCAGAUGUCCCCCCUCCCAGACCCCCUCGACCCCCCAAACUGCACCAGCAGCCCCCUCAGGACCAGAACACAGAGAAUAACAAUCCUAGUCAGGACCCCCUGGAGGAGGCAGAGUGGUACUGGGGGGAGAUAUCAAGAGAGGAGGUGAAUGAGAAGUUAAAGGACACACCUGAUGGUACUUUCUUGGUGAGGAAUGCCACCACAUGGUCCAGAGACGGAGACUACACACUAACACUCAGGAAAGGUGGCAGCAAUAAGUUAAUCAAGAUCUAUCACAAGAACGGCAAGUAUGGGUUUGUGGAGCCUCUAAAGUUCUCCUCAGUACAGGAGCUGGUGGCCCAUUACAGACAGCACACCCUCGGGCAGUAUAACAAGACACUGGAUGUCACCCUCAAGUACCCGCUGUCCAAACAUCAGCAGGCUGAAGAUGCGGACUUGAACGCCAAUUUAGAUGAGGUGUGUAAGAGACUGGUGGAGAUCAACAGGGAAUACUUGAAGAAGACUUUGAAAUAUGACAAGCUGUAUGAUGGACAUUCAAGAACUACGCAGGAGCUUCAACUUAAGCACCAGGCGUUGGAUGCCUUCUCAGAAACAAUCACGGUAUUUGAGGACCAGAUUACGCUUCACGACAAGUUUAAGCAGCAGGCCCAGCCCCACGAGCUGCAGAAGUUAGAGGAGAACUACAAAUUAUUAGCUGACCGACUUCAGGAAAUCAAGAGAAGUAAAGAACAGUUGGAGGAAGAUUUGAGAUAUCAAACUGAAGAGAACCGCCGCCUCAUUGAGGAGAUGAACAGUCUGAAACCAGAAAUCAAGAGAGAAUACAAACUACGGGAACAGUAUAUUAAAUACCUGAUUGACAAAAAUGUGAACAAAGACUACAUAGAUGAAAAGCUGCUAGGGGAGACAGAGAGGAGGAUUAGUCAGGGUACUCCUGAUGAGGAGGAACCCUACUAUGUCGGUGCCCCUGUCAUGAAUAACGACCUCCCCAGCAUAGCUCACUACAACGAGAGCACAUGGUACAUCGACUGUGAUAGGUACACGGCUGAGAACCUCCUGCAGAACAAGCCAGACGGUACCUUCCUGAUCCGACCUAGCAGCAAGAUGAACUCCUACGCGCUGUCAUUAAAUGCAAAUGGCCGAACAGGGCACUGUGUAAUAGAACACAAGGCGACAGGCUUUGGGUUUGCCGAACCUUUCUUUAUUCAUCAGACUCUACUGGACUUGGUCCUUCAUUACCGUGAAACUUCACUGCAUGAACACAACCCUGAGCUGGAUGUGACAUUAGUUCACCCUGUGAAAGCCCCACAGCCUGGGAGCUCAUAUACUUACAUGCAGUGAUCCCAUGACUUGGCCUUCAGUCAAUAGAAAGAUCCAUAACUCAACUGGUUACUUCCUGUGAAUGUUUCACAGCCAAUGAAGAGACAUGACUUGAGAUCGCAGCCAAUGGAUGGCUUGUUUUAGUGAUUGAUACAUGCUGUGUAAGUUAUAAAUCCAAAGAGGGAACAUGUGACAUGAGGUCUCUGGCAAUGGGAACCUUGGUUACUUGACUAAUGCAUGCUGGGACAGUUUCACAGCCAAUUAGGUGGUGCAUUACUACAGAAAACAGCCAAUAAGAAGCUGUUUAAAAUAUUGUGAUUCAUUGUAAACUCAAAGUGAAGUUGUAACUAUUCUGUUUUUCAUGAUGAAAUGCCCCGUGGCCAUUUGAAAGUCUUCACUGGCACACAUUGGGUUUGUGGGGCAAUGAAAAACUUUUCAACUUAGUUGAAACGCCCACUGAUCUCUUUUCUACCACCAGUCAGGAACAGUCUGACUGUAAAUGUUCAUCAUAUUCUGAGAGGAGAGGGUCCGUCCUCUAAUAAUUGUCACAGAAUAUGGUGCUGUAAAAUGGUUUUAAGAUAAAUAAAUGUUUACAAAGUUUGUCUUGAAAUAUGCUGAGAUGGUGUGUUUUGCCUGCUGCAGGACAGUGAAGG